AUGACUGAUAUGGCAGAAGGAGCCGAUCGGAUCAGUCAGGUAUUUCCAGCCCGUCGGGAAGCAGACGAGUUUCGCCAAUCCAGCCAGUCCGGUUCAUUCUGGACUUCUUCGAGGUGCCGUCGACUUUUGCGCCCUCUUCAGUCACGGCUUGCUGCUCUGCGAAAACUUGCCCUGACUGAGAAGGCCGGUCCAGGACAAGAUGCGUGCGAGAAUGAUGGCCUUGACCCGGCACACCAUCACCGGCCAACCAAGAGAACAAAUACACAAGACGACAAAGACGACUUCGAGGGUCAGCGAAAACGCCCUAGGCGAACGUAUUCCAGGAGAACGCCCACUGGCACGUCCAUAGACGAAUAUCGUCCAAAGUCAAAAGCCCCUCUUCGCAUCCAGAGCCGCCACCGAAUGUCUAGUAUUUCGACUCCGGGCGUGCCCAAUGUGUCAACUCCGAUUUUACGCAAGGUCAGACAGGAUACAAUGACGGCAAUACCGUCCAAUCUGACACUCUGCGAGAAAACUGCAGGCUUCUGCAUGCUUUCGAGAGUAGGCAAACGCGGUCCUCUGGAAUCGUCGCUGAAUGAACUGGGACGCUUAAGGUAUUCUCUCCAACCAUCUAGAUACCAGCUAUAUGAGGGCAUCAUUCACGAUCUGUAUGUUUUGUUGCGCUCAACCACACCAAAACAUGACACAGUCGGCAAGAAGUCCCUCCUGGCAAUGUGUCUACAGAAAGUGCCCCGGUGUGCGGCAGAGAUUGAGGCUUGGGAAGUUUCCAAAGCAGCGAAUCACGGACCGGUAUCCUCGAUCAAAAAGAUGAGCUAUUCACUUCGAGUAUACGACGAAUUGGAGACCCUUGGCGGUGCUGGCAACGGCUGGAGUCAUCUUCGCAUAGUUCUGAGGGCACACGUCAUUUACCUACUCAGAGAGAUAAUCACGGAAGGCCUCCUCGACAUCAACUUCAUCCACCUCAUCAUCGAACAUUGCAGGGCUAUGGACUGCCCAGGCGAGACAGCCGAACUUAGUAUGGCUCUGUUUUGUUGCUCUUGUCACGGGGCAUCUGGGGAUGUAAACACGCUGCCCAAUGGCGAGGUCGGAGGCCGUAUACUAGCCUCCCUGCCGAGCUUUGCGGACAAGCUGGUUGUCGAAUCUCACUUGCUGGAUACCUUUGCUUCAUUGUUGCUCAGCGGCCAGCUUCCAAUCGACACAGUUUCGACGAAAGCUUUUGGCUACUUGUGGUCCACAACGACUUCUGCGAUACUCGAGCAGAAAGCACAUUCGUCUGCGACUCGGUUUGCGUCCGCGGGACUUGCAGCUCUAUGUGUUAACGCAUUUCCAAUUCGAAGGGGCCGCAUGUCAGAAACCAGCACCACGAGACACAACGCCGCGAAGUUGACGUUGAUGAGCGUUCUGGGUGCUCUGUCAGCCAUGGCUAUGAUUUCGCAAGAUUUUGGGAACACCACGAACACCAGAGAAAUCCGACAGCGGACCCGAACGCAGAAAGUGGUGCUGCACAUAUUCUACCUGGCGCUGGGAGUGGUCAGAGGCCAACGCGCAAGAAGCGAGGCUGCUUAUCCUCUUUUGCUGGCAAUCUUCUUGUCGGUGCUCGCUGGUCCAGCUCACGACAGCGCGACGCAGCUCAAGAUCGCUGUCGAAAACUUCGGGGAUGGUCUUGGCGAGAGAAGAGCUUCUUGCACAGGCGGGAACACCUGCCAGCUCCUCGACGUCACCGUUGCUCUCACCUGCUCGAUUGCUCACUGCUGCGGCAGAGCAACGGCUCAACAGUCAAACCAAUACUUCGCCGAAAUUUGCAAGCUCGUGGGCCAACUUGGAGUUCCUUGCUUUGUAACGUUGCAAGCUGACGGUGCCUUCUUCCUUGCCCAGAAGACCGACGAUUUGCGAGACCUUGUGUUCGCAGAGACAUCGACAGGAGCCUUGGCUGGAAAGGGUCGUGCUGUCACAGCAUGCGAAGGUUCGAGCAAAACUUUUUUCGCAGGCUUCCAAUGGGAAGAAGGCAUCAGCGAAUGGAUUGCGGUCAGUCCGGCAGCGAGACGAAGAAACAUUAUCGCACGAGAGGAGGUUGCGGCGCCUCGCCGUAGUGCUAGGCAUAGCCAUGGCGACACGGACGUCCAGCUAAACCGAUUCGAAUUGGAAACGACAACGGGAUCUACCGACAAAGGCGGACCUUGGGUGACGGUAGCACCGACAGCAAGCGAUCCGGAUAACAACCAAGUGGACCAGCGACUAGCAUGGAGAAGGCAGAGACCACACAAAGAGUAUCAUGGUAGCUCCGGAGACGCGCGUGCAGCUAUGGAUGGCAUCGACGAGCUUAGCAUGUGCCAGGAGAACCGGCCACGAGUUCUGGGCAAGUCCCGAUUGGGAAAGCAGACCACUGGAACCGGACAACGGAACCAGUGCCGGCGGAUUGCCCGAAGCGUUGAGACAGGGCCCCGCGAGGCUCUGGAUGAGCUUUGUACGAAUAGUAGAAGCACCCUGACUGGCCAUGGCGACGAAGACGAGCUGGGAUUAUAG